CACCACCACCAUGUCGGGGGAGGAGGAGUUCUACCUCUUCAAGAACGAGUCCUCGGUGGGGCCUUGGGAUGGCCCCCAAUAUCACAUCGCCCCCAUGUGGGCCUUCUACCUCCAGACCGUCUUCAUGGGCUUCGUCUUCCUGGUGGGGACCCCCCUCAACGCCAUCGUCUUGGUGGUCACCGUCAAGUACAAGAAGCUGAGGCAACCCCUCAACUACAUCCUGGUCAACAUCUCCUUCAGCGGCUUCAUCGCCUGCAUCUUCAGCGUCUUCACCGUCUUCGUCUCCAGCUCCCAGGGUUACUUCGUCUUCGGCAAGAACAUGUGCGCCUUGGAGGGCUUCGUGGGGGCCACCGGAGGGCUGGUGACGGGGUGGUCCUUGGCCUUCCUGGCUUUCGAGCGCUACAUCGUCAUCUGCAAACCCUUCGGCAACUUCCGCUUCAACUCCAAACACGCCAUCAUGGUGGUGGCGGCCACCUGGGUCAUCGGCCUCGGCGUGGCCAUCCCCCCCUUCUUCGGCUGGAGCAGGUAUGUGCCCGAGGGGCUGCAGUGCUCCUGCGGCCCCGACUGGUACACGGUGGGCACCAAGUACAAGAGCGAGUACUACACCUGGUUCCUCUUCAUCUUCUGCUUCAUCGUGCCCCUCUCCCUCAUCAUCUUCUCCUACUCCCAGCUCCUCAGCGCCCUCCGGGCCGUGGCCGCGCAGCAGCAGGAGUCGGCCACGACGCAGAAGGCGGAGCGGGAGGUGUCCCGCAUGGUGGUGGUGAUGGUGGGCUCCUUCUGCCUCUGCUACGUGCCCUACGCCGCCCUGGCCAUGUACAUGGUGAACAACCGGGACCACGGCCUGGACCUGCGCCUGGUCACCAUCCCUGCCUUCUUCUCCAAGAGCGCCUGCGUCUACAACCCCAUCAUCUACUGCUUCAUGAACAAACAGUUCCGGGCCUGCAUCAUGGAGACCGUCUGUGGGAAGCCCAUGACGGACGACUCGGACAUCUCCAGCUCGGCCCAGAGGACAGAGGUCUCCUCCGUCUCCUCCAGCCAGGUCAGCCCCAGUUGAGGAGCCACCAGCCCCACGCCACCCCCUGGAUUCCUCACCUCCCCACCUCCCCUCACCCCGGGGUGUCCCCGCUAUGGGGCUGGGGACACCUUGGGGGUCCGGGGGCCACCCC